AGAAUCGUCAUUUUAAUCAGUGAACUCAAAGCAAACAGUUCUAGUCAUCAAAUUUGGAAAUAAAAUCAACGAUAUGCUUAUAAAAGUAUCCAAGUUCCUGAGCCUUUUUUCAGUCCUUCUGGCGGCAGCCGAAGGGGCUAAAUAUCUGGCCGAGAAACCCGACUUCCUAACUCCAUGCAUUGUGGGUGAUCCCAGCUUAAAUGCCUGUCUAACCAGCAAUUUCCAGACUUUCUUCCGUCAGUGGAAGGAUGGAAUUCCUGGCAACAAUGCCGUGGGGUCCUUCGAUCCCCUCUACAUAAAGAGAGUUAAGUUCGCGCAGGAUGCCAACAGGGCUAUAGCCUUAAAUGCCGAUCUGAAAGAGGUCUAUGUGGCAGGUGCUGGCCAAGCUGUCGUUAAGGAAUCCAGCUGGGAUCAAAGUCACUACGUGGCCAAGGCUUUGAUCAGCGUUCCCAAACUACGUUUUAAUUUCCAGUACAAAGUCAAAGGACAUGUGGUGGCCCUUAAUCUAAAUGGUCAUGGCAAUGGUUAUUUCGAAGCUGAAAAUGCUCUGAUAUAUCUGGAGUUGGCCGUCAAACCACUGACCACUGCGGACGGUGUUUUCGCUGAUGUGCAAAAUGUUAAGGUCUCGUUCCGCGAGAUCAAGCAAUUCCGCAUCAAGCUGGAAAAUCUGUUUGGUGGCAACAAGGAUCUGGAGGAUACCGCCCACACUCUAUUCAACGAAAACUGGCGCGAUUUCUACGAGGUUCUACGUCCCGCCGUUGAGCAAACUGUUAGCGGAGUGCUUCUGGAUCGAUUCAAGAAGACGUUCAUCUAUGUGCCAGCCACCUACUUGAUCAAAGACUUCCAUUAAAACAUAUACAGAAGGAAGCUUACCUGUGCUUAAAAUGUUAUUUUAAAUAUGUUCUUGUGAUCUUUAUUCAUAAUAAUAUUAAAUAGUAUGUUAACAAUAAUAAGUUUGGAAAAGAGUUUUGGAUUAUGCCGCAUA